AUGUUGCCAGCUAAAAAAAUCGAAAAGGCUGACUUGCUUGGCCUUCUAUUUUAUGGACAAUCAACUAAAAAAAAACAAAAAAAUAAAAAUUAUUACCUAGAAUUAAAUCAUAUAAAUAAAGUAAUGAAAAAUAUUUGCAACCUAAAUAAAAAUAGAAUCAAGGAAUCUAUCCUAACUCAAACUAAUAAAGAAGAUAAAACUGAUAAGAAAAAUGAAAGAGAAAUACCUGGGGUUGCUACUACCCCUGAAGUAACAAAAGAAAAUGCACAAAAAAAUAAAUACAUGCUAAAAAAAAUUAAUGGAGAAUUAAAAGAAUUAAAUAACUUAGACACAUCUAAAAUAUUAAAAAAUUAUAUACCCUAUACAAAAACAAACAAAUUUAAUAUGUUCACCGAUUUGACACAAACAAAUCUUUCCUAUAAAUAUGAUGAUAUAAAUAAUUUUGAUAACCUUCCAACUAUUUAUCAAACUCAAAAUCUUGACACAGAUUUAGUUAAAAAAUGUAGAGACGCCUCAAAGAAUGUUCCCACUGAUAUCAGCAAACAUUGCCAAUGCUCCGAAAAGGAAAUGAAAAAAAUAAAAGAAGCACUAAAUGGUAGCCUUUGCUCAAAUUUGACAAAUCAACAAAAUGCUGCUUCAAAAUAUUUGAUAUAUCCUCGUGAACAAAUACAAAGAUUAAGUUGUAGUAAUCAAAAUGAGAAAACCAAAUUGAAUAAUUUAAUAAAUUCAAAAAAAAACAUAUGUAAUUCCCCCUCCAUAAAUAAAUCCCAAAGUUUCCUGAUCCAAAAGAAUCACAAAAAUUGUCAAACAUCUCAAGCAACGAGCCACAAAAAGCAAAAGGAAGAUUAUAUGUCUAGCCAUGACCAGCCACAAACAUGUUUACACGCAAAUCUUCCAAUAAAGCCAAAGAGAAAUCCAACUACAACUUUAUUAAAUCAUUCAAAAAAUAUGAUAAUUAGCAAAAUAAAAACUGAAAAGAACAACCUAACCCCUUUACAUAAAAAAGAAAAGGAUCUCAUAGCAAGCCUAAAAUAUUAUUUUGUAAACAACAACAAAUUAGACAAUGUGCAAAAAAUAUCUAACCUCGUACAUAAAAACUACAAUCAAGAACCUUCUCAAUCUAAAAAUAAAUUAUCAGACAAAAACAAAACAUUUUUUGAAAAUUCUAAACAAAACUUAACAAUUGAAAAGCUGCUGGGACUAACGGCUCGAGUCAAAUCAGUUGAAAAAAAAAAAUAUAUUGAAAAAAUCAACCAAUAUAAGGUAAUAUCUAAAAAUAGCCAUCUCGUAAGUAUAUACAAAAACAAAGAAAAUAAAAAUUUUAAUGACCAGACAGUUGAUUUGGCUAAUUUAUUAUGCACACCUGGAUAUGUAGGAAAUUAUUUAUAUCAAUCAAACUCAACAAAUGAAAAGUGUGAGAAUGAACUAGCCAACGAACAAAAUCACAUUAAACUAACUAGCGAACAAAAUCAUAUUGAACUAGCCAAUGUGCAGGCAAAAAAUGAACAACUUGUAAAAAAUGAUUUACAAGUCACAAAAUGUCCCAAUCUAAAUGAACCAUCAAAAAUUAAUAAUAUUCAUGAAGAAUGUCAAAUAAAAAAUAAAAUUAAUAACCAAUUUCUUACUAAUCAAAAUGAUGAAAUAUUAUUUCAUAUGACUAAAGCUAUAAAUAGCUCACCAACUCUUAAUCUCGAUAUACAAUAUAUUACAUUAUUUAUUGAGUUGUUAAAAAAUCAAAAAAAACAAAAUCUCAUAUUAUAA